UCGGGCGCGUCAUCAUUCAGUCAUUCAGUUCCCCGCCCAAUCAAAACAAACAUAACCCCAAAAAAACCAAAAAUGUUAUUACGAAAAAACGUGUUGCCUCGCACCCUUUCGGACACUUUAGUGACUCUGUUUACCCUGUGCAUCAUCCCCACCGUGUACUACUUCGAGUUGUUCGUGGUGCUGCCCCAUUUCUACGCCCAGUGGGACGCCUGGUACACCUUCCAUUUCGUAAGUGGGACCUUCAUUUUGUUCAACUUGUGCUCCAACUACGUGGCAAUCGUCCUAUGCGACACCAGCAUUCGCGGGAGACUCCUCCCCACAGCAAUGGGGCCCCACUGCCGCUUCUGCGCCGUUUGCGAGUGCAUUGCGCCCCCCAGGUCCUGGCAUUGCUCCACGUGCAACGUGUGCAUCCUCAAACGGGACCACCACUGCAUGUUUACAAGCUGUUGCAUAGGACACCACAAUUUGCGCUACUUUAUCGUAUUUGUUUUCUACAUGUUUGUAGCCACUGUUUACGCCUCGUACUAUAAUUUAUUUUUUGUACUAGAAUUUGCCGAAUUCGGCACACUUGAGUCGAUAAUUAAGCUGGUUUUUCCGCUGGCGACGCUAUUUGUUGACUAUUCGCGAAACCAAAUGUAUUUAUUUCUAGUGUUGAUUGUUUUAAUUGGGGGCGUUUUUACGGGGGUUUUGUUGUAUUUUCACGGCGAUUUGAUCUUAAGGGGGGUUGUUACGCAUGAGAGGAAUCAAAAAUUGGGGCUGUAUGACCUCGGGAGGAGAAAGAAUCUUGAGGGGGUUCUAGGGGACAGGUGGUGCCUUGUCUGGUUGUCUCCUUUUGUGGAGAGCAGAUUGCCCCAAGAUGGGGUCCACUGGGACGUAAAGCAAACAACCAAAGCUAAAUAAUAAGACUUAACAACAGAAAGUAUUAAUUUGUCCUAUUUAUACAAUUAUUGUGAUAUACUCGUGUAGGGGAGGCCGGGGUACAGUGGUCACAAUGACCCCUAAAAAAUAGCAAAUAUAACUAUAAUAAGAAAUAACUAGGAAAAGAAGAGCCAAAAACUGCCAGAAGUUUAAGACGUUUGCUUAAAAAUGAUACAUUUACAUUAUAGCAUUUCUAAGUUGGCCUUAAAACUUCAAGUCAAUUUUUAUAUUUUUUUUGUUUUACACAAGAAUUUGUCUAUCUUUCAGAAACAAAUAAUAAAUAAUUUGUAUUUUUCUGUGAUUUUUUUAGAAGUUUCUAUUAAUAAGCAGUUGCAAAUGUGUUGUUUCAUAUUUUAUCUAAGAAAAAGCGUUGUUUGGUCAGUUAGCUUUGUGAUAAAAAAAAAUUAAAAAUCCAUUUAAUAGUUAUUCAUAAUUCAAGACGAUAAAAUUUUAUUUUAUAUUUGAGAGCGGUUUGAAUCAUUUCACAAGAUAAUGGUGAACUUUAUCGUCGUGUACAAUACAAAAUUUCAUUCCAUACAAUUAUUAUAAACGUCAAAAAAAUUGACAAUGAAAAAAAAACGCCAAAAACAGAAAAACCACAAUGGCUGUGAACCAUAUUUCUUUAGACGAUAAAAUUUUAUUUUACCAUGAAAUAGUCAAUGAAUGAAAUGCCAUUUUACUGAUCAUGAUAGAAGAAACGUAAUUUUGGCAAACAUUUUUAUGAGAAUUUUUUGCUCAAAAAUAUUAUUGUUGUAUUGUUUUAGAACAACACACGAUUCAUUAAUAUUUUCAUAUUUUUAAUUUUAUUGAUAUUAAAUCGAUAUCAUUGAUAUUAAAGUUAAAUUUUAAUUUUGCUUUCUGUAAACCGACACUUAAUUAAUUAAUUUUAAUUAUAAAGAGGGAUAGAAAAAUUUUGAAAAAAUUUACAUACUUAGAGAAAAACGAAAAAAAUCACUUUUUAUAAAAUACAGCAACAACAUAAAUAUAAAGAUCUUUUAAUAACUAUUUUUUUAUUUUUUUGUAUAUUUUUUUGAACUGUUUUAUACUUACCAGAAAGAUAAAAAUGUGUACUUUCUAAAAAUGUGUCAAAAUGUAGCAUUUUUAUAAAUAAAAUCGGCGUGUUUGAGGAUUUAAAAAAAAACUCAUAACAAACAAAUGAAUUUUGUGUUUUAUUUUUGCUUCAGUCUGUAUAUUUGUUUAACUGAAAAUAAUUUUAACAUACCUUAUUUAUAAUUUCACAUUUUUUACUCUAGUAACACUUUACAAAACAUCUUGAUUAUUCACACCUUUUAUGUGAAUUAAUUUUUCCAUGGCCAACCACUAUCAAAUAUUUAAUAUACUGUAUUUUUUAUAAAAAGUAUAUAAAACUAGCAAACUGUAUUUAUAUACUUUAUCGGAAAAAAUAAACUUUUCGAAAAUGUUACCUUUUAUGUGAAAUAAUUUUUCCAUGGCCAACCACUAUCAAAUAUUUAAUGUACUAUAUUUUUUAUCAAAUGUAUAUAAAUAUAUUAGCAAACUGUAUUUAUAUAUUUUAUCAGAAAAAAAUUAAGUUUUCGAAAAUGUUACCUUUUAUGUAAAAUGAUUUGGUGUUUUUUUAAAUAUUAUUUAUUAUUAAUAAUAUAUCAUAUUAUUAUAAUUAUUAUUUUAGAAUGAUUUAAACUAUUUUUUAUGCUUGAGAAAUGAAAGUGAGACGAUUUGGAAAAAAGUGUGAGAAUUUGUUGUUUUUUGUUUAGAAUAAAGUUACCUUUACGAGUGGUAGUUAUUUGGUCACAUUUUUUUUAUUAAACGAAUUGUUUAAUCAGGAACAUACUUUGUUUAAGUAUUCACUGUGCCGUUCUCCCCUAUAUUUAUGGCCAAAUGAAACCAAGACAUACAAAAAAUGAUAUACUUUAUUAGUAAAUGUUUGCAUACUGUGUGACCCAAAACUGUGACAUGUUUGAGUUUUGGGCCACCCAGUAUAUGAAAAAUGGCUAGCACCAGUUUAAAAAUUUGCACAAAAUCACCCACAAUUUGGCAGUUGAAUAUAAAAUGUACCAACCUUAACUUAAUUACGAACAAAUUGUAUGUUAAUGGCACUUCCUGGUACAAGUUAUCUAAGAAACAUAUCUAUGUAUAACACGUAGGUAACACCGUUACGUUUUAUAUUUUCACAAAAGAAUCACAAUUGUUUCAAUGACUGUUAAUAAAUGUGUUUUGAUAAAAA